UUUAAUAUCUUUGUUUCCGCGAAAACCCAGAUUCCUCGUGGGCUAAGAACAAUGGAGAAGAAGAAAUCAGAGGUUUCGUCAACGGAAGCUGUUCUUCUUGGAGCUCUCGCUCCAGGCGUUAAUGCUCCAACAUGGAACACUCUGAAAUUCGCGUUUCUUCUGCUGGGUCUCUGUCUCACUUUCAUGCUCUCCAUAGCUUUCACCAGUGGCCAAUCCAUGUUGCUUGUUCAUGUUGGCUUUCUCAUUAUAAUCGCCUCUACUCUCUUUUUCCUCCUCAAUUGGUUCCUUGCUCAGACAGGCUUGGUACCAGUAGAGACGCAAAUGCAGGACCUGAACUUGUCACCUACUGAUAAAAGCAAAUGAUCGAGCACAGUAUAUUUGUACUUACUCAGACGCAGACACAGAAGUAACAGAACAUUCAACAGUAGAGAGAUCAAGCAAAUAGGAGGAUUUGGAUUUGUGCAACGAAAGUGGACAUCGGCUUUUGUUUUCUCAAAUUCUUUCCUUGGUUCCCUUCUCUUCUUUUAUUUUCUUUAUUUGGCUUGAGGAAGCACAAGCACAAGCAGCAAUGGAAAUGAGACAAGAACCUCAUCUUGAUCAGGGUUUGAUUUGCUCAAUUCCCCAACAUUAGUUACUUUUUUGGUUCCCCUUUAUUUGUUUCUGUUUCUCGGAAGCUAUUUUCAGACUAAGUUUAUUCCUCCCAUGUAAGAAGAUGAUUGUUAUGGAUUGAUUGUUUUCAUACGUAACCUUGUUUAUAAUGGUUUCAAGGCUGAAUUAACUCAAA